CUCUCUGGUCGGAUCGUCUCAUUAAUCUCGGUGCGGAGAGAGAACAGAGCAGAGCACGGCGGGCUGACACGCUGCUGCGCGGCCAGACACACUGAGACAAAGAUGUUUCGCUUUGAAACCUGUCCAUUUUAGGCUAAUGGUUGACAUCUGAAGCGGUGGUUGCAGCUGCCGGCGGCCGGCCGAGGACAGAUGAGUCUGCAGGGUCUCUGCCGGUUCUAACGACCCUUUGUUCGGCUGUGGCAUCUCUCCUUCACCUCCAACAUGGACCGCUCAGAGAAGGAGCGCCGGUCAGACGACGAGGCUGACUAUGAGGACGAGGAGGUGGACCCCAGAAUUCAGGGGGAGCUGGAGAAACUGAACCAAUCCAGCGACGACAUCAACAGAUGCGAGACAGAGCUUGAGGAUGCGAGGCAGAAGUUUCGCUCAGUGCUGGUGGAGGCCACAAUGAAGCUGGAUGAGCUGGUGAAGAAGAUUGGGAAACCGGUGGAGGAAUCCAAGCCUUACUGGGAGGCCCGACGAUUGGCCAGACAGGCCCAACUGGAGGCCCAGAAGGCCACUCAGGACUUCCACCGAGCCACUGAGGUUCUGCGGGCAGCGAAGGAAACCAUCUCCCUGGCUGAGCAGAGGCUCCUGGAAGAGGACUAUCGGCAGUUCGACUCUGCCUGGCAGGAGAUGCUGAACCACGCCACACAGCGGGUGAUGGAGGCAGAGCUUACCAAGACAAGAAGUGAGCUUUUACACAAGGAAACGGCUGUGAAAUACACAUCAGCCAACACCCGCAUGAAGCAACUGGAGAAGAAGCUGAAACGGACCAUCAGCAAGUCCAAGCCUUACUUUGAGAUGAAGGCAAAGUACUACCUGCAGCUGGAGAACCUGAAGAAGACUGUGGAUGAGCGACAAGCCAAACUGUCUCAGGCCAAAGGAGAGUACAGGACAGCUCUGAAGAACCUAGAGAUGAUCUCUGACGAAAUCCACGAGCGCCGCAGGAGCUCCACCAUUGGACCUCGCGGGGCUGGAGUUGGAGCCGAGGGGGACGGCAGUUCUGGGGAUGACAUCUCCAGCUUUAAGAUGGAGUCAGAUGGAAUAUCCAUGGCGUCGGAGUGUUUCGACGACGAGCCGUGUGGCGGGAGCAGCGUCAUGUCCGAGGAGGACUCAGAGACCCGGUCCACCAGCAGCCUCGGCUCAACGCCCAGCAGCCCUCAGGAGCUCCAGUCGCCGUGCCCCUUCCCUGGUUCCUCCUCCUCCUCUGGAACGUCUUCAUCUGACUGUCCGUCGCCCACACCCUCCUCGUCCUCCUCUGCGUCCUCCCCAGCUCUCGUGUCCCGUCCCUGCAGCCUGGACCUUCCCAGCACCGUGUCGCUAUCGGACUUUGGCCUCAUCUCACCGGUGCUCGGGCCUCGCAGCGAGUGCAGUGGGGCGUCGUCACCCGAGUGUGACCUGGAAAGAGGUGACCGAGCCGAAGGUGCAGAGGGAGAUCUGGACAACGCUCCGACCGGAAACGUCAUCUCAACUUCCAGCACCAAGAAGAGCUUCAGCCUUGAGGCCCGCUUUAGCUUUCUCAACCUGCGACGCCCACGAGGCGGUGACGCCAAAAACAAGGAUAGCUGUCCCCAGAAGACGCCGCCGGGGCAAACGGUUGUCCUCAUCAAAGGAGUCUGAGAAAAUGUCAGAGGGACUGUGGUUCUGCAGCGACUCUAAUCCUGAACCAAAAGCUACUGGAACUCUUCUGUGCUGUGAAUAAGCUACCUUUUUUUCUGUAGUCCAUGUCCGCACUCCAUGGUCAAACAGAAACUUUGAAUGUGACGUUUGGUGUAAAUUAUGCUUCCCUACAACUUGACGUACCCAUGGACUCCCAUAUCGGAGACGUAACAAACUCUGGCAAAUGGCAGGAGAUAAAACGAAUAAAAGUCAGAUUUUCUCAAGUAAAAACCAACCUGCAUUGUAUCACGAAGCAACAAACCAGCUGCCUGCAGAUGACCUUAGACCUGGAUCAGUCGGCUCCUGAAUUAUAAAUAGCAGUUAGCACAGUUAAACGGCACACUGAAAACUGUAAGGCAUUGUGCUGCGCUUGGUUCAGCAUUUAAAGAAAGCUGGGACACAGUAGAGGGGAAAAUAACCAGCCUUUAGCCUUAUACCCCAUGUUACUCUGGUGUUUUAUAAGACAAUGUUGUGUUAAAUGAUGUUAUGUGUUUGAUGUUUAGGAUUUAAAUGUAAUGGGACACAAACUGCAGUUCAGUGAAAUGAAAGCUUCAGCUUCUCAUUUAAAUUCCCCCCCCCUAUGUGUGGUUUAGAUUUCUCAGUGCACAACAAGAAACUGUUAAACAUGUCUCCUUUUAUCACAAAUGGUGCAAUUUAGCUUCAAUAAAGAGAGAACUUGACAAGUU